AUGAUAGUGAAAGCAGCUAUGCUCACAGGAGUCCUAGAUGACUGUUUAUGCGACAUAGAAAGCAUUGAUGACUUCAAUACUUUCAAGAUCUUUCCAAAAAUCCAGAAACUGCAAGAGCGUGAUUACUUCAGAUAUUACAAGGUCAAUCUAAAGAGACCAUGCCCAUUCUGGGCUGAUGAUGGCCAUUGCUCUAUCAAAGAUUGUCAUGUGGAGCCUUGUCCAGAGAGCAAAGUACCUGUUGGAAUUAAAGCUGGCAGCUCUAAUAAGUAUUCAAAAGCAGCAAAUAAUUCCAAAGAAUUGGAAGACUGUGAGCAAGCUAACAAACUAGGAGCAGUUAACAGUACCUUAAGUAACCAAAGUAAGGAGGCUUUCAUUGACUGGGCAAGAUACGAUGAUUCACAGGAUCAUUUUUGUGAACUUGAUGAUGAGAGAUCCCCAGAUGCCCAGUAUGUGGAUUUGCUGCUGAAUCCUGAACGUUACACUGGAUACAAAGGGACCUCUGCAUGGAGAGUGUGGAACAGCAUUUAUGAAGAAAACUGCUUCAAGCCUCGAUCUGUCUAUCGUCCUUUAAAUCCACUGGCGCCUAGUAGGGGUGGGGAUGAUGGAGAAUCUUUCUACACAUGGCUAGAAGGUCUUUGCCUUGAGAAAAGAGUGUUCUAUAAACUCAUUUCUGGACUUCAUGCUAGCAUCAACUUGCAUCUAUGUGCAAAUCAUCUUCUUGAAGAAACCUGGGGGAAACCUCGCUGGGGACCAAAUGUAAAAGAGUUCACUCGCCGCUUUGACCCUAUUGAAACAAAAGGAGAAGGACCAAGGAGGCUCAAAAACCUCUAUUUUCUAUAUUUGAUAGAGCUGCGGGCUUUAUCAAAGGUUGCACCAUACUUUGAGCGUUCGGUUGUUGACCUUUACACUGGAAAUGGUCAUGAGGAUGCUGAAUCUAAAGCUCUAUUACUAGAUAUCUUCAGGGAUACAAAGUCCUUCCGUAUGCACUUUGAUGAAAAGUCCAUGUUUGCUGGAGAUAAAAAAGGAGCCAAGUCAUUAAAGGAAGAAUUUCGAUUGCAUUUUAAGAACAUAUCCCGCAUUAUGGAUUGUGUUGGAUGUGAUAAAUGCAGAUUGUGGGGCAAGCUUCAGACUCAAGGCUUAGGAACUGCUCUGAAGAUUUUAUUUUCUGAAAAAGAAAUACAGAGCCUUCCUGAGAAUAGUCCAUCAAAAGGUUUUCAACUCACACGUCAAGAAAUAGUUGCUCUUGUAAAUGCCUUUGGAAGGCUUUCCACAAGUAUAAAAGAAUUGCAGAAUUUUAAAGUUUUAUUACAACAGACUAGGUAAUGAAGGCCUUUGCAAAUCCCAUUACUGAAGAUCAUUUGCACAAUUGCAUUGAACAGAAGGAACUGAUCCUUGCAGGACUCUUACGAACUGAUCAAAAGUAAAAUCAAAUACCAACUUGAAUAUUUAUGUUUAAACUAGGAAUGGCUAUUAGAAAAGAUAUUUAUGAUUUGCAGUAUAUAGUUUUAAAACAUGUAAAUUAUGCUGAUCUGUUUAUUUUGUAAAUUCUCUGCUCACAGUUCUGUUGUAUUGACACUUUCUAAAUUUUCUUUAUUUCCUGACUUUUUUUUCCCCCAAGAUAGUUGUUUUACAUGAAAUGCCUGUACCUCCAUCCUGACUUGGCCUUUCCUGUGAGAGGUAGUUCUUUCCUGCCUCCCUGUCGUGCCCAGGGCCAAACUUCAG